UGUAUAUCCUGCUUCAGUUUAAUGUUCAGAACUCAUAUCAAAAGGGUGUGUUGGCCACCAUUUGGAGGAAAACGACCACAGAUGGCUCGGGGAAGAUAAUUUUGAGUGUUUUGCGAUUAAUUGAGUCGUGAACUGUGGCGACGGUAAGGAAUCUUUAGUCCUAAUCCGGUAACGAAUUUAGGGAAAGGAAAUGGACUUGACCUGAAACUGAAAAGAAUCGAAGAAAAGAAUAUAGUGAAACGAUGAAUAAAAUCAACGUCUUCCUCGCGAGCCUCAUCCUCGCUGUCCUCCUGCUGGAAGCGCGAGCAGGAGCUGAGAGCAGAAGGAAAGAAGCAGAAGGGGUUUCGGAGGAGGAGCGAGGAAAGAUUAAAAUUGCAAAAGAGGAAAGGGAGAUAGAGGAGCCAAGAGAACCGCGGAUGAAGAGAGGGGAAGAUCUUGCCGGCAAAGGUGGGAAUAAGAGAAACGGUAGAGAGGAGAACGGAGGUGGAAUAAGUGAAAAUAAAGGAUACGAAACCAGUAAAGAAAGAAUCAAGAGAAAAAUUAAUGAAAGUGUAGGGGAUAAACAAAGGGAUAAUGGGGACAAAGAGAAAGACAGAAAUAAAGAAAAGAAAGCCGUAGACAGAAAGAGAAGAAAUAAAAUGAAAAAAAAUAGAGCGCGAGCAAGAAAAAGUAAACCCAAUAAACUUAAAAAAACAAAAGAAAAUAAUGUUAAAAAAAACACAGAUGAGGAUAAGAAGAAAGAUGACGAUGAAAGAGAACAAAACAAAAAGGGUAAAAAGGAAGAAACGGAAAAGGAAAACAAACGAAAUAGAAAUAACAAGGAAAACAAACGAAAUAGAAAUAGCAAGGAAAAGGAACGAAACAGAAAGAGAAACAGCAAAACAAAAAAAGAAAGCAGAGAAAAUAAAGAUGAUAAAAGAAGGGAACGAAACAGAAAAGAGGAUAAAGAAAAACCGGAAAAAGAAACCAAAGGAAAUAGAAAUGAUAAACGAAGGGAACGACACAAAAAUGAAGAGAAAGAAAGAGGCGAAACAGACACCAGUGAAGAAAGAGAUGACGAAGGAAGGGAACGAAGCGGGAAUAAGGAAAACAGAGACGAUGAAAAAGAAGUGAAAGAAAAUAAGGAAGGAAGAAAAUUGAAGAAAGACAACGACGACGUUUCUGCCGCAGCUCGAAAGGCAGACAAACGCAAAAGAAAGAAGGAGAAAAAGAAGAGUAAUAAAAAGAAAGUAGAUGAUGUUGCACUACGCUUCAGUCCCUUCAACUUCCGCAUGGCCCACUGUAUGGUAACCUAUAAGAUGAAAGAAGAUGAUGCUUUUCUUAUGACAACCGACGACUCAAAACAGUCUCGCAAAUGUGACACCAAAUUUGUGGCUCCGAAGGAUCACCGCCUGAACUUCACCUGCCCAGUGUUCAAUCUCGCUCCCACGGGAUGCAGACGAGAGAAGUUGAUUGUGAAGGACAGUAGCGUUAAAAUGACGUUUUGUACAAACGACAAUGUCGAUUUGGCGUCGACUGGUAAUUCCCUGAACAUCAAACAUAAGAGGAAAAAGACGAAAUCAAAGGAAUGCACUGGAACCUACGUGUGCGAAGUAACUGUCGUAAAGCAAGGCCCCCCAACGACCAUUGAAACCCUGACAACGACAGUUCAAACUUCCAAUUUACACUUAACAACUUAUUCACCCUCAGCAAGCGGCCCUACUGUCCCUCAGUCACCGAAUCCUCAGUUACCGGAUAUCCAGGUAACGACUUCUCAGUUCGAGAAUGUUCAGUUACCGGAUUCACAGUUACCGGGUUCCGAUGCAGCGGAUUCUCAGGGCCCGGAUUCUUCAGUAACAGAUCCUCCAUUGCCCGGUCCCCAGUUACCGUGUCCCCAGAUACCUGAUUCUCACUUACCGAGCCCUCCGUUACCCAGUCCUGGAGUACCUGAUCCUCAAAUACCGCUUCCACAGUUGCCCUAUCCUCAAAUACCAGUAGUCCCUCAGUUGCCAGAUCAUCAACCGUCUUCAAAACCUACUGUCCAGACGUUAUCACCUCUUCAGCCUUCUCCAUCACCCACACUUCACCCACCUCCCUCACCCACACCUCGGCCAUCUCCAACGCCCACACCUCGACCAUCUCCAACGCCCACAUCUCAGCCAUCUCCAACACCAUCACCUCAGCAACCUCCACCGCCCACACCUCAGCAACCUUCAUCACCUACACUUAAACCAUCUCCACCGCCCACACCUCAGCCAUCUCCACCGCCCACACCUCGACCAUCUCCACCGCCCACACUUCAGCCAUCUACAUCACCCACACCUCGGCCAACUCCAUCACCCACACCUCGGUCAUCUCCCUCACCCACACCUCGGCCAUCUCCACCGCCUACACUUCAGCCUUCUCCACCGCCCACACCUCAGCCAUCUCCCUCACCCACACCUCAGACAUCUCCAUCACCCACACUUCGACCAUCUCCAUCACCCACACCUCGGCCAACUCCAUCACCCACACCUCAGACAUCUCCAUCACCCACACCUCGGCCAUCUCCACCACCCACACCUCAGCCAUCAUCACCCACAGUCCAGCCAUCUCCAUCACCCACACCUCGGCCAACUCCACCACCCACACCUCAGCCAUCAUCACCCACAGUCCAGCCAUCUCCAUCACCCACACCUCGGCCAACUCCACCACCCACACCUCAGCCAUCAUCACCCACAGUCCAGCCAUCUCCAUCACCCACACCUCGGCCAUCUCCACCACCCACACCUCAGCCAUCAUCACCCACAGUCCAGCCAUCUCCAUCACCCACACCUCGGCCAACUCCACCACCCACACCUCAGCCAUCAUCACCCACACUUCAGGCAUCUCCACCGCCCACACCUCAGCCACUUCCACCACCCACGCUUCAGCCAUCGUCCCUGACUCCAAGUCCCGCGACGACAGACUUCCAUACAGCUCCAGGGACUUCCAUGAGCCCGACGACUUCCGAGAGCCAUGCCAUGAGCUCGCACAGACCGACAGCAACUUCGGAGGCUUCGGGUGAGAUAGAGAAUCAAGUUAUCCUGACUUCUCUUUCCUCAGACUUGGCUUCAUCCUUAGGAGAGGGCCCAGGAGGUCAGUCAGCUUCGGUCGCGACUGAUCCAACGAAUUCAGCUUCAAGUAAGGAAAUUUCCACGUCUACAACUCGCAGUACAACAAUUUUUGUGUCAUCCCAUUCAACCGCAGCAACUAUCAGUGAUCUCUCUCACUCGAUAACAAGUUCACCUUUGAUUCUUAUGAGUGGUUCUCCUACAACAUCCUCCCCAGAAUCGUCAUCACUUCAAGCAACAUUUGAGAUGUCAGACCCGGUGCCGACUUCCUCAUCCUCCUCAUCAGCAUCUCAGUCAUCACGCACAACCUUAUCAUCCACCCCAGCAGUUUUCACCGCAGCACAAACAACAGGCUCAUUACCACAGGCAGUUUUUCCAGAAUUCACUCAAUUAACUACAGCACCAUUAGCACCCCCUCCUCCAACUGUAGCGCCAGUAACUCUCCCUCCACCACUACCUGUACCAGCACCACCUGCACCCCCUCCACCCCCUCCACUCCCACCUGCACCACCCCUACCCCCACCUGUCCUGCCAGCACCACAACCAACAUUUACCGAUGCACUUCCGCCUACAGCAACAACCAAUCCUACUGUGACAACGGCAGCAGCCAGUCAGGGUCGACUUUUUUGCAGCAACUGCGGCCUCAGUCAGAUCACGAUUCCAAGGAUCGUAGGAGGCCAGGACGCGAACCGCGGGGAAUUCCCUUGGCAGGUUGGCAUCAAACUGGGCUGGGGAGGUAGGUGUGGCGGUUCCCUCAUCAAGCAUCGUUGGGUGAUAACAGCCGGGCACUGUUACAUGAGUGGAUUCACUGCCAGCACUGUGUACUUUGGAGAUCACGAUAGGACCGUAAACGAAGAGGGCAGCUACGAGAUAGAAGCAGAGAGUGUGACGGUCCAUCCGGAUUUCGACGGCUUUACUCUGGAUAAUGACAUAGCAUUACUGAAACUAUCUUCCCCUGCGACGUUUAGCCCAACAGUGGCACCCAUAUGCCUCGCCAGACCUUCCGAGGUCCCGGUGUCGGGCAAGGGCAUUACUACGGGAUGGGGCACUACUACUUGGCAGGGAACUACUGCCACUAUUCUGCAAAAGGUAGCAGUGGACUACAUAAGCAACGCUUGGUGUAAUCAGCUCUAUUACGAUCGCUACGACAUCACAGAUAACAUGGUUUGCACGUACACACCUAAAAAGGACGCAUGCCAGGGUGACAGCGGAGGCCCCCUUAUCUCCCUCGCUGCCGACGGGCGUUGGGUGCUCACGGGCGUGGUCAGCUUUGGAGAUCAGUGUGCCAAGGAGAACUCACCUGGAGUGUUCACCCGUGUGCCCAAUUACAUUUCGUGGAUUGAGGAAAACACUCCUGACGACGACUGUUAGGGUUCCGACCUUGCCUUCUUGGAGACUUGGUGCUCGAAUAUCGCACUGCCAAGUUUUAGUACCCUAAAGAAGGGAGGGGGAAAGGCCAAACGAAAUAAGAAUGCGAUGCAGGGAACUAAGGAACCUUCGGCGACGCGUUUUUGCGCCCUAAUUGUUAAUAGUUUUAGUUUUGUGCCGUUUAUUUUCGGCGGCUACUGUUAUGUUUCCUCUGUAAUGAUAAUCAGUAAAUAGAUAAAUUGAUAAACAUGUAUAUAUAUAUUUAUAUAUAGCUAUGGUUAUUAUGGUAAUUUCAUCUAAUAACGUCUGCAUAACCACACCCAAUAAUAUAUAUUGUAUAUAUGUAUAUGUAUAUGCAUGUAUAUACAUAUAUACACAUAUAUAGAUAUAUAUAUAUUUAUUAUACAUAUAUGUACAGUAUAUAUACAUAUAUACAUUAUAUUUAUAGUUAUUAUGGUUAUAUUAUAGUCAUUUCAUCUAAUUCCGUCUGGAAUUGAAUAUAUGUAUAUAUCAGUUGUAAACAAACAGUUGAAGCACACAUUCUUGUUUUAAAUUUUUACAAACUAAAACUGAUUUUCCAGAUUUACCUUGUGCGCCUAGCAGAGGAAAUAUGAUGCAAGAAAACAAUAAAUUUGCAAAUGAAACACAGUCAUGAUACUAAAAAAAAAUUAUCCUGUUUCCACACACACAAAAAAAAUCGUGUCGUAUGCAUAAUGGGGAAUAAAUUGUGAAACAGAUGUGGGUUAUGGCAUAUUUGUCUACGAGAGACUUGAUAUUGUGAGGAUUUCUGGGAAAUAAAGUAUUCACUGUAUUAGAAA